GUUCAAAUUUUGAAUACGGUUCGGAUUCGGGGCCGGGUCAAUUCAUAGUUUUUUUCCGGGACUGACAAUUGAUACACUUGUCGAACCUUUUUAAGGAGAUGAAAAUGGCGGAAUCAAUAUAUGCGCAACACUGAAUUGGAAAUUCAAACUCAGUGACUCAGUGAAACAGACAGAGAAGUUCAACGCUUCCGAUUCCUGUCAUCGUCAUUAAACGUCUAUCUCAACGGCCAGAAUAUCUGUUUCUGGGCGAGUAGUAAAGCCUUGAUCACAUGGAAGAAGAGGUGUCUGAUUCUACACUUCCAUGGAGUUGGGUUAUUGAGGCCUUAGCAAAGUCCCGGCUUGUGGAUGCAAGUCUUCUAUAUGAGUUGGUUUCAAAGGCGCCGCCCUUAUUGGAGGAUUCGGGGAGAAAAGCGAGGGAAGCUGCUGCGUUGAGGUGUUUGGAGGGGCUUUGUGGUUCUCCAAAUGCUUCCGGUGAUUAUCAUCUAGUGCCUGAAUGGUCGAAAAUUUGGUUUGAUCCAGCAGAAAGUUGUGAAGCUGUCCUUCAACGCAUUUGGAGUGAGACUUCAGGUUCUAAGGGGGCGUUGGAUGAGUUGAAAUGCGUUAUUCAGUCUUUUGUAAAGCACAAAAAAGCAAGUUCGCCGAGAUCUACUUUGGGAGUGUUGAAGGAUAUGCUUGUAAACGAUACACAUCCACUUUUUGCGUCGCUGAAGGAAGUCAGUGGAGUCUCUGUUGGAGAUCAAUGUGUGUUAAAUAUUCCCUUCGAUGGUGGUGAUCCAACAUCCCCUCCAUUAAGGAGUGAUGAAGAUGAUCACGGCGAUAAAACUAUGCUAGCAGAAGAAAAUGGGUGUUCCCCGAGAUCUGGUAUUGAAGAUCAGCUAGGACAAGCCUAUUUUACGAAUGGAAAUUCACCUACCUUUAGAGGUGGUAUAAGUAGUUGCCAUACAGAUAAUCAUGUGGAAAAGGUUGAGGAUGCCUCUCAUGACGUGGACAAUCAAUGCCUCCCUCGAAAGAAGCUUAAAUUGGACAAGGAGUAUGGCAUGCAGUCUAAGCAUCACCAUUCAGUUCCUGUUGGUAGCAAUCUAAUGUGUAACAGUGCAGAAGAUGGACAAUAUCAUGAAGUCAUAAAAGAAUAUGGAAUACAUGAUAGGGAAGCAUAUGGCAAAGAUGUAGAUGAGCAGUCUAGAACUUAUGUGGAAAAUCAAGAUCAUCAACAAAUUUCACCUAAUAAUGAUGACCACUGCCGCGAAGAGAUUGAUCUUUCCAAGAAAAACGCUUUCUUAAGUUCUCAACUUGUGUGUACUAGAGACUCCCAUGGAAUGACAGAGACAGAGCUAAAUCGUUGUGCGAAGUGCAAUAAAGGUGGACAAUUGUUAUCUUGCAGUGCUAGUAGCUGCCCCUUGAUGUUUCAUAAGAGCUGUUUAGGUUGCUCAUUCAGCUUUGAUGAUCAAGGAAACUUCUGCUGUCCGUUUUGUGCAUAUUCCUAUGCAGCUUCUGAGUAUGUUAGAGCCAAAGAAAAGGUUUCUGUAGCAAGGAAAGAGCUCUCGCUAUUUAUUGGUGGGAGGACUGGUGAUCAGCCAGAAUAUGAUGGUGAUACAUCAUCGGGGGACGAUGUCAACCAAGCCAAGCAAAAUAAUAUUGAUAAUACAGCUGAAGUGAAGAAAGGUGCUAAUGUUGUAAGUGAAGUUGCUAAGCCUCAUCAGAGGAGUUUGAAAGGUAAACAGUUGAAUAUUUCACACUCAUCUGCCUACUUGAAUAAUGGAUUUGUAAUGGCUACACACCAACAGCUUUCUUUAAAAGACAGACAGGGUGCUGAAAUAAUUAUCGAACUUUCAAGAGACCCAUCUUUAAUCUGGAAACAGGGACAGGAUGAUCAUGAUUGUGACGGUGGCAAGUUUUCUGGUGAUAAUAAUGAGCUAAAAAAUCGUGGAGAAAAUACUAGGUGUAAAAUUACUGAGCUUUCAGAAAAUGCUUCCUCUGAUUCAAUCAGUGACUCAGAUGGAUCACCACAAGAUAAGAGGAAUCAUGUUACCAGUUCCUUGCCUUUCCCUAGACCAAUAAGAGCAAUUCCAGGAACUCCACCAGGUCGACGAAACAAGGUUCGUUGGACGGCAGAGGAAGAAGCAAUGUUGAAGAAAGGAGUAGAAAUGUACGAUAUAGGGAAUGGUCGAGCCAUCCCGUGGAAAAAUAUAUUGGAAUACGGACGUCCUGUGUUUCGGAAGGGUCGAACAGCUGUAGACCUCAAGGAUAAAUGGAGGAAUCUCGCUCGGGAUACAAACCCUAAAGUACAGUGAAGUUGUAUCUUCUCUGAUCUAAUUAUGUAGAUAGCUCUUUUUUGUAGCAAUGCUUUUAGGCCUUUCUGGUAAGAGUUUCUUUUGUAACCUCUUUUGGGCGGUAGAUAUCCAGUAUUUUCCUUUGUAGACGGGGGGGUUGCCUUUUUUGUAUGAACCAAGACCUUUUGUAGGAUUGGCGCAGUUAUUGUAACAUAAAAAUGACAUUUGAAUCUCUUACCCUGAAGUUGAAAGUAAUUAUGCAAUUAUCUCAUUUGUAAACUAAGGUUUCCAUGACAUAAAUAAAGUUGUUGUAUUACAGUAGUA